UCUUCCAUCGAGAGAUACAUAGAGAAUAGAGUAGUGAGAGUAUCGUUCAAAGUUCUGAGAUUAAUCUACGAACCCUCAAUAUGAAAAUUACCAUUGUAUGUCUUCUACUAUGUGUUUGUCUUCCAUCGAGAGAUACAUAGAGAAUAGAGUAGUGAGAGUAUCGUUCAAAGUUCUGAGAUUAAUCUACGAACCCUCAAUAUGAAAAUUACCAUUGUAUGUCUUCUACUAUGUGUUUGUCUUCCAUCGAGAGAUACAUAGAGAAUAGAGUAGUGAGAGUAUCGUUCAAAGUUCUGAGAUUAAUCUACGAACCCUCAAUAUGAAAAUUACCAUUGUAUGUCUUCUACUAUGUGUUUGUCUUCCAUCGAGAGAUACAUAGAGAAUAGAGUAGUGAGAGUAUCGUUCAAAGUUCUGAGAUUAAUCUACGAACCCUGGAGCGCACGCUAGGUGCUCGACGAAAUGUCACACUGAGAGUUCAUUUGAAAGAAAACUCAACUUAUUUAUUUUCCAAUGAAGAUCACGUGCCUUGCACAUGACCGUCUCUUUAUCUCCCUCUUGCUCUGCCAACAGCUGUAUAUAAACGCCUUUACUCUGUUUUCUUCUCGUAAACAGAGAACCAAUACAAUUCCAAGAAAAAGCUCUCUCUUUUCUUUCUCACUCUCCCAUUUUCUUGGACCUCAAAGAAACCCAUCGUUUUCUCGAGAAAAUUCUGCGUUUGAAUGAUGAAGAAUUCAGAGAAAAGUGAUGACAAAGAAACAAAAAAGAAGAUUGACGAUGCAUACAAUCUUGCCAAAGGCUUCUGGAAAAAAGGUAACCGUAUUGAGGCCUUGAUGUUAACCGAGAAAACGAUUUCAGAUCAUGGGAGAAACGAAUCUUGCUGCUAUGUUCACCACGAACUUCAAGGUGAUAUCUUCUAUCAGCUUGCGGGAGAAAUAGAGUUAGAGAUCACCAACGACAUCAAACGCGUAUACUUGUUUGCUUCUCUCGAUGCGUUUUCAAUGUCUAUUCUUCUGUGUCCUGACGCUUUGAGGUCAUUUCGUGGCUGUGCUCGUUCGCUAAUCGAGUUAGGUGAUCAGCUUGGGAUAAAGAAGUUUUAUGAGAAAGCUGCGUCGAGAGCAUGUCAGGGAGUGUCCAUAACAAAACCUCAAGACAUUUCGCAGUCCUCAGAAAAAGCUUUGAAGAAGAAGAAUAGCAAUGCGGCUGUGACUGUUUCCGAGACAAGUAGUAUGGAUAAUCAGAUGCUAUUGAUAAAGAAAGAUCCUUCUAAUCAGUUGAAAUACUUUUGGGUUAAUUUGGAUGACAAGACUAAAAGGGAUUUUUUGGUAGUAGACUUUCGAAAGCUUAUAGACUACAUUUUUGAUGUGUAUGGCAAAGAAGUAAAAGGAUAUUUUCGGAAAUGUGUAGCCACCAUCCUCGAUUCAAGUCGAUGGAGAUGCUGGAAGUGCCACAUUUGUUCUCAGGUUAACUACUGUUUUACAGAUUGCAAGAUGCACAUCUUAGAUAAUCAUGUGCACAAAUAUGAACCCGACUUCAGUGCUCAUCCUAAGUAUGUGGAUGAGAUUUUGGCUGACAUGAUAUGUUGUGGGGACUGGAAGCCAGUGGAUAUAGAGAAGGCAGCAAAUCUGAUCAAGGAGAGAACUAAGAGCCGGAUAGAGUUUGUUUAUGUUAAUGGAUGGUGUAGUGAUUGGCCUGUAGCGAAUGAUAAAGACCGGGAAAAUAUACUCAAACAGUUUGCGGAUGUUCUUAAAUCUUCUUGCCCCAAGGAGAAUCGUACUCUUUCAUGUUCCCUUUGGGACUGGUUGAUAGAUUACACAGAAGAGCAUCUCGAACUACCUGGAGUUCCUGGGAGCUAUCUUGAUGAAUGUAGCUUCUUUAAGAACCCUCAAUGCAUUUGCUUCUUAGAUCUUAAGCACCUUAAACACAUCCUCAAAUAUUUUAGACAGCUCACCACUGAUGUCCGCGGAAGUUUGGUUUCAAAAGUAGUGAAUCAGCUCUGGGAAAAUUCCCAGGUCAAGGAAAGAAUCGAUCUUGAGGGAGUAACUACUUAUAAUCUGCUUCUGGAUAAGAGACUGCUGUAUGAAGAAGUGCUUGAAUUGGAUAAGAAUGAGACAGUAGAGCAUUAUCAAUCCACUGGAAUUUAUGAGGAUGUGAUGCCUAAAGGUGAUAAGAUCGUCUCUUGGAUUCUUGACUGCCCAGAAAUCAAUAAGGAAUUUAUGUCUCAAGUGGCAAAGGGCUUACACAAUCGUGAGAUAUGGUUAGCAGUUCUGAGAAUAGUACAGGGCAUGGUUAGGAAAAAGGAAAGCUACUAUGAUAAGAAACGCAGGAUGCUAACCUAUGAGAAGAUGUUGGGUGUGGUAGACACCAUUUGUGACAGAGAAGACACUAGAAAGAAUGUUAAUCAGCGGAGCACAUAUGAGUUUUCGCUUCGAAUGAAAUGUGAGGAGCUUGUUGGUAAGCAAGAUGAUGAUACAAAAGUUUUCUUGACUGUUGUAAGAGAUGUUUUUGUAAGACUAUGCACUCCAAAUUUUAAAGCAUUAGAAGAUAUGGAGUGUAUAUCCAAACUCUCUGCUACUGUCCCAAAUGAUGAUGUUAAGAAAAGUCUUUUGAGGUUAAGGAAAUCGUUGAAAGAGAAGUUCCCUUUGAUUGAUUCAAAGAUUUUGCGGAACGAAUCUACAUACAAAAAGCUAAUAGAUGUAUUCCCAAAGCUAUCGGCAGUUGAGUAUCGCUUGGUGUUCCUUCCGUUUGUGAAGAAGUUCUUACAGGAUAAACUGAACAAGAUGAUGGAAACAAAUAGCAAUUCAGUUGCUGCAGGAGAUUCUGUCAACAUGCAGGGCUAAAAUUUUGGAGGAUCAUUCUUGCAGAUGGAGAAAAUAGUGUUUUUAUGUUCUCGGAAAAACUUUUGGAUUGGAGAGAAAACUGUAUAUGAAAAUUUGUAGUUUGUUUUAGGACCAGAUGCAUAUAUGUUUUUUUUUUUUUUUUUUUGUUAAAAGAUGCAUAUAUGUUUGUAUUGUGUGUGAAAGGAAACUGAGAAAAAGGGGACAAUGAAAUGCACUUGUUUAUCUUCAUCAACUUUGGUCUA